GCCCGGAUCCCCGCGAGCACCUGCAGGCUGACUAAUCGAAAUUCAGACGCUGGAGCGAGUCAAGAACCUGGCAGGCGAAAUCCAGCAACGAGAUGCUGAGCUCUUCCCUGAACCCACAGAAUAACAGCUGGACAGAGCUCUUCUCUCUGCUUUUGGGUCUUGGCGCUGUCCUCUACUUGGGCUACUACUGGACAUGGGUGCCCCAGACACCUCGGCUGGUCACUGGGUCCCAGUUACGGGCCUUCCUGGAGCAACACUGUCCACUCACCGUGGAGACUUUCUACCCCACGUUCUGGUGUGUGGAGGGGCGGCUUCAAACCAUCUUCCGGGUCUUCCUGCAGUCCCGGCCUGUAGUCUCUUACUGGAGUGAAGUUCUCCAAACCCCAGAUGGGGGGCAGUUCCUCCUCGACUGGGCCGGUCAGCAUAACCGCAGCCAACGCCCAGACCCCAGCACCCAGCCCAUCGUAUUGCUGCUUCCUGGCAUCACAGGCAGUAGCCAGGAGACAUACAUCUUGCACCUAGUGGACCAAGCUUUGAAGGAUGGCUACAGAGCUGUCGUAUUUAAUAACCGCGGCUGCCGUGGCGAAGAACUGCUGACCUACAGGGCCUACUGUGCCAGCAACACGGAAGAUCUGGAGGCAGCUGUGAACCACAUAAAGGGCCACUACUCCCAGGCUCCACUGCUGGCCGUGGGCAUCUCUCUUGGAGGGAUAUUAGUGCUGAACUACCUGGCUCGAACAGGACGGGCUGCAGGGGUGGUGGCAGGACUGACUGUUUCUGCCUGCUGGGAUAGCUUCGAGACCAUCCGCUCCCUGGAGAGCCCCCUGAAUUCACUGCUCUUCAAUCAGUACCUCACUGCUGGGCUCUGCCAAGUUAUCAACCGAAACAGAAAGGUGAUGGAGAAGGUGGUGAAUGUAGACUCCGUGCUCCAGGUACGGUCUUUCAACCAUCCCCUCUCCACCCAAAAUCGUUCUUCCCACAUCUCAAUCCCUAGCCUCAUCCUAGCCUCGCCCACCCUCCGUCACCCGCAGGCUCGCACAAUCCGCCAGUUUGAUGAGCGCUACACGGCGGUGGCCUUUGGCUACCAAGAUUCUGCUGCCUAUUACCGGGCAGCAAGCCCAAGAACCAAGGUAGAUGCCAUCCAGAUCCCCGUGCUCUGCCUCAAUGCAGCUGAUGACCCCUUCUCCCCAGUCCAUGCCCUUCCCUUACAGGCUGCCCAACAUUCUCCCCAUGUCGCACUGCUUGUCACACCCCGGGGUGGCCACAUCGGCUUCCUGGAAGGGCUGCUCCCCUGGAAGCACUGCUACAUGAGCCGCCUCUUGCAUCAAUAUGCCAGGGCCAUCUUCCAGCACCCGGAGGAGCUGCUCAGCCUCAGGGUGCCCACACUUUCUGAGGGAGGCAAGAGCUGACAAGAGUACCAUUUGGGGCAUCAGUUCAGUUUUCCCUUGUUUAUUAAAUAUUACCGUUUCCUGCCAAA